GCAACGCUACUAUAUAAAACUAAUAGCAACAGCAACAGUAAUAGCCAAACCAAUAACAACAAUAGCAACAGUGGCAGUGGUGUUACUGCUAGUGACAGUGGCGUUGGCGGUGGCAGCGAACGUCGACGCAGCAGUGACUGUGGCGACAACGUUCUUUGUAACAAGCUCGUGAAUUUGUUGUUUUUGUUGAAAACAUUUAUCGAUCACGCGUCGAACGAUACGGAGCACUCGCUCGGCUAACACACAUUUGUAGAAUAUAUUAUAUUAUAUUAUGGUUGUAUAAAACGAAAAAUUAAAUAUUCAUUGUCAAAAGGCAGAAACGGAAACAUUGCGGUCGUGUCGAACACAAAACGGAAAAUCGAAGAAAAAUAGGCAAAUAGCAAAAUACCACAAAAACAAAACGGUGCAAAACGUUUUUACACAUUACACAUUCUACAAGCGGAAAAUGAGCUAUUAAAGUGCAUGCACAGCGACGAGGAGAAGUAGGCAGCGCGGGGGCGGCGCAAGCAAGAAAAUAUACAAAUUAAUGCAUUUGGCAAAUUUCUAAUUUGCUAGUAGCAUGUAAAUGCAAUAGAUUUUGUUGAAUGUUAACAAACUUAGCACACCUGCAACACCAACCAACAAGAGACACGUCCACAGUCCACAAUUGAAGCACUGAAACAAAAACAAUUAAAAGAAGACAGCACCUAGAACUAAAGCAACAACAACAAUAAUAAAAAAAUAUCUUUGUCGCAUUACGCAUUUAAACUUGAAUUAAAAAAUUCUUUUGAAAUCGCUUAAAACGCUGUAAGCGCAGUUGAAGAGAGCAAGGUUAAGAAGGUGGAGGAGAACUAAUAACACGUUGCAUGCACAAAAGUCAAAGGUAAAGAGUGUUAACGGUACAUUUUCGUUUGCUGUCAAUGCAAAUUGAAAGGGGAAGAAGACAAAAAAUAGUAGAAAAAAGCAGAAAAAAUAUAAAAUUUAAAAUAAUUUAUGCAAAAAAAAAAUCAAAAAAGCAAAGACAAAAGUGCAGAUACGCCCCAAAGUGUUUGCAGUAUUUCAAUAACACCAAAAACAAUAACAACAACAACAAAACGCAUACUAUAUAAACACAAGUUACAGCGCGCAAGCAGCUGAGCAGCGUCAAAAGAAAUAGAAAAACAAAAAAAAAAUACUCCAAAAGUUACAUAUAAUCAAAUAGCAGAAAACCAUAGCGAAGAAUACAGCGAAUGACAGCUGGUGAGCUGCACAUUGGCGAACAAAUAAUAGGAAAAUAAAUGAAAAAGCGCUUUUAUGUGCGGAAAAGCGGCAAAGUGUGACAAAGAAAAUGCGCAUGUAAACACACACAGACACACACAGAGAGAUACAUAUAUGCGUAUAAACAAAAGCUAUACAUUAUAGGCGUUAAUAAACGUUUGCGGAAUAUAUUUAUUUCAAAAUAAAAGCAAUAUUACGAAUUACUACGCAGCAAAGCUCACUGAUUUUAAUUAAAAAACAAAAAAAAAUCAUACAAAUUUCUAAAUAAAAUAACUUAACUGCAACACCUUGAAAAUCCAACACCAAUUUACGUGAUUCUACAAAAUAGCAAGUAAAACAAAUUUUUGAAAAUAUUUCAUUACAAAUUCUAAGUGACACUUAAAUUGAAAACGCGCGCGUUUUUCAUUUGCCUUUGCUUUAUAAACCAAAAACUUAUACUCUUACAAAACACGUGUAUAUGUAUAAAAAAAAUAUAAAAUAAUAAUAAAAACAACAAUAAAGUAGUUUAGUGUUACUGAAAUUGUUGAAAAUUCUGCUCUAAACAACGCUACUCCGGUAGCAUACACAGUGUAAAUUGCUCAAGUGCAUUGCAUAGUAACUGCAGCGCAUAACCAAACAAAACAACAAACGAACAUAUAACCAAAGCGUAUAAAACAAAAACAUCAUUGAAAUACAAAAAUAAAAAAUAAAAAUAUAAAAACAAAACACACACACACAUACACACACGAGAAAAGUGUCAUUCCUAUUCGAUAACGACAACAAAACAAAGUGGUGUGUAAAAGAAUAUCAAGAAAUUAUCAAAUAAAUAAUAUCAAUAGCAAGCAAAAAUAUAUAGCCAACAGCAGCGCAGCGCGCUCGCGUGAGAGCGACAAACUACCGAAAGUUGUACUGAUUGGAGCGCUGAGCGCACAAAAUUCGCCAACAACAGUCGACGAAACUGUCAUACGUUCGCCAAACGUGCACGCCGCUCAGCCACCCUUUUUAUACGACGACAAUUAUACUACAUUGCCAGUGAGUCAAGAGUACUGCUCAUCAGCAUAGGAGAGAGCACACGGCAGUUGUACCGCCGCGCGUUUUUAUCAUUGUCGUCGUCGUCGUCGUCAUCAUCUCCACCGACGUUAUCGACGGAGAGCGCGCGCAUAUAGUGUUGUUGUGUUGUAGCAGCGGCGACAGCCUACCACCCAACAACCGACCGACAAGCCAACCAGUCAGCCAGACAAGUAACUAACAGCGCGAGCGAACAAACGUGCAGAGUUAAUGUGUGACAGCGAGUCAGGCAAACGCCAGCAGUCAGCACAGUCUGUGUGAAGAUAAAGCUUAAACACAGUGCCGAAAUCCAAAAGGAAGAUAUUCUUAAAUUAUUAUUGAACUUUGCUGAACCGCGACAAUUGGCCAGCAAUAAUCGCGGUGUUCGCAAGUACUCGCAAGCGCAAUGCAAAAAGAAUUAAAAUAAAAUAAAAUAAAGUAAUAUAAUUAAAGAAAAACAACUUACAAAGAAUUACGCACAGCAAAAUAACCACACAACCACAAAAGUUAUAACCGUUCGUGGUAGAGAAAAAGUGAAAGUCAAACUAAAAGGAAGACGAAGGGACGAAAAAGCGUGUAGGGUAGUUGACAAAAAUAAAGGAAGCAAACCAUAUAAAAAAAAUUUAAUGUAUUGCUCGUGAUGUAGUGUUGUAGAACGGCAAGAGUAGCAAAUAAAUAAGUACUAAAGUGCAUGCACAGCGCUACCAAGUGAAAAAAAUAAAGUAACACCAAAAAUAUAAAAGAAAAUCACAAGUGAAGUUAUUAAGUUAAAGCAAAAAAUACUUGAACACCAAGCGAUUAACUAAUCGCGUUAGAUAGACUACGCCACUUAACCUCUAACUAAAUAGCAAUAAGAAAAACUAGUAUAAAAAAUAAUAAAAUAAAAUAUGGGUGAUACAAAUGCGCUGGGUUCCGGUACGCGUCUACGCAAAUUCGAUCGUACGGACAGUGAAGUUGCAUGUGAAGAAGCCGCGCGCCUUACCGCCGACCUGCAGGAAGGCACCGUCAGCCCCGAUGACGAGGAUGAUCUCAGCGAGUAUGGCGAACUGCCACCACCACCAGACGGCGGUUACGGUUGGGUCAUCUGUUUUGCGUCGUUUAUGUGCAACAUGAUUGUGGACGGUAUCGCGUACACGUUUGGUAUAUUCCUCGGUGAAUUUGUCGAUUACUUUGGUGAAGGCAAAGGCAAAGUCGCCUGGGUAGGCAGUCUGCUGAGUGGUGUUUACCUGAGUGCUGGUCCGAUUGUGUCCGCGCUGGCGAAUAAAUAUGGUUGUCGUGCGGUAUGUAUUGCCGGUAGUGUUGUGGGUUGUAUUGCGUUCGUCUUGAGUACGAUGAGCACGUCCAUUAAUAUGCUGAUGCUAACAUAUGGUGUGAUCGGUGGUUUCGGUUUCGGUAUGAUUUAUCUGCCUGCAGUUGUGGCUGUCGGUUAUUAUUUCGAGACAAAACGCUCACUGGCCACGGGUAUCGCGGUGUGUGGUUCUGGUUUCGGUACGUUCGCCUUCGCGCCCUUAGCUACGUACUUAUUGCAAUUGUAUGGCUGGAAAAAUGCACUACUCAUCUUUGCGGGUCUCAUUUUGAAUUGUGCCAUAUUUGGCGCUAUGAUGCGUCCACUCACCUACCCCAAAAAGAAGAAGGUGAAACCGCUCAUGCAGCGUAUGUACGAGGAGAAGCAAUUGCAGCUGGAACGUGGUUCAAUUGCGGGCUCACAUUUCAUGGUACAGCUGCCGGACGGCACCAUGGAGCGUAAAUUGAAAAUGCCACUCAAUGCCGAUCCCGGUGUGCACUCUAGUCUCAAUUUGGAAUUGCUCGCCCAACAAGGUUCACUACAUCCCGUCUCAACCCUACCAACUAUAACCGAAGCGAAAGUGGCCGAAUAUCAAACUGGCGCACAGAGCCCACCAACUGUCGAUAGCAAUGGGCAAUUGGAUGUGAAGCGCAGCGGUGGUAGGCGUUCACAUCGUAAUUCAGAAACGGAGACCAGCCCCUACAACUCUGUGGACCCGAUGACACGCAAUGCCUCACAGCCCGCCUUUAUGGCAGACCAUCAAAGUCUUCCAAAGAACGGUUCGGUGCCUUCUUUCAAUCGUGUACGCAAAACGUCAGCCAGCGAACGUUUCCAGCCAUCCUUAGCCGCCAUACGUGCAUCAUCGCGCGGCGAUCUUGACAGCAACGGUGUCGAAAUGGGUUUUACCUCAUCAAAAAUAUCGCUCUCACAAAGUCAGUCCAGUGGCAAAAUGGUACGUCCAAUGUCACGUAAAGACAUCUUCUACUCCGGAUCUGUGACAAAUCUCCCACAAUAUCAAUCGCAAAAAUCGCUCACCAACUAUCGCAACUCCGUGCUAUCGCUAACCAAAUAUGAAAAAAGCAUGCAAAGUGUACGUGAUCCGUUGGCUGAAGCUGAAAAAGGACGUGGCCAAUACGACCUGUGCCCCUGCCUCACCAUACCAGAUUCCAUUAAAUCUGUAUUCAAUACCAUGUUGGACGUCAGCUUGUUAAAGGAUCCAGUUUUUAUGCUUAUCGGCGUCUCCAAUAUAUUCGGCAUGGCGGGCUUGUAUGUGCCAUUUGUGUACCUUGUGGAUGCGGCUAAAAAGGACGGCAUCGAAGAUAGUUCAGCAUCGUUUCUACUCUCAAUUAUCGGCAUAACAAACACAUUCGGCAGGGUAAUUUGCGGUUAUGUCGCCGAUUUUCCCAAAGUCGACUCGCUGUUUCUAAACAACGUUUGCCUGCUCAUUUCCACGGUGGCCGUUACAUUAACACCGCUGUGCUCGUCCUACGGUGCCUACGUAACCAUGUCCAUUUUCUUCGGUAUCGCCAUCUCCGGUUACAUUUCGCUCACGUCAAUUAUACUCGUAGAUUUAUUGGGCCUGGACAAGCUCACCAAUGCCUUUGGCUUGCUUAUUUUAUUCAGAGGUUUUGCCGCCAUCAUUGGAUCGCCACUAGCCGGCGCUGUUUACGAUGCCACACAAAGCUACGAUUUGCCAUUCUACAUGGCGGGCGGUCUAUUUGCGCUCUCCACGAUCACCAGCUUCAUGGCACCAUGCCUAAAACGUUGCACAACCUCUGAUGAAACACCAAUGCAGAUCGAUACACUCACACCAAUCGAUGAGGAACAAGGCGAGGAAGCGGAGGAUGAGGAAGAUCAACCCAUAACCAUUGUACCGAAAAUCGUGAAGACACUACCCAGCCCACAACACGAAGAGACGGACAGAGGAUUUCCAAGUGAAACAAAUAAAAGUGGCGCCGAAUCGAAGUUAUAAAGUGGUGAAUUAGGCAACCAAGCGCUCGCUGGGCGUUAGAAUAUACUAUAUUGUUGAAAUUUGUUUGUGGUAGUAAGUUAGACGAAAAUGCCAUAUUAAGUGAAGUACGAAUGUGUUAUGGUGAGUAACACACACACAUAUAUAUAUAUACAAGGAGCAAUGUGUGCGCUGUCAAGACUACAAAACCAGAGCGAUAUUUUUUUAAAUAACUAACCAAAAUAUUAAGCUUAAAAAGUGAAAAAUCAAUUAUAAACGUAAUAAUAAAAAAACAACAACAAAUAAUCGCAGAACUUAUUCAAUAUUUAAGCUAAUUUUUAACUGCAUACACAAAUACAUACACACACACAUAUACAAGACACACAAAUUUAAAAGUCUAGCUUUCUAGCUAAUUAUUAAUUUAUACUAUUAUAUAAUACUAAUUAAAAUAGCUAAACGAAACACAAUAAGCUCGCAAUAUAUAGCUAAAGGGUUGAAGUGUGAUCGAAGACCUAUAUCUGAAUAAUUCGAAACCCAUACGCGUAUAGAGUUUGUAAGCUAAGCAAAAAAUUGUACCAAAAAAGUCGAACCAAACAAGCAAGCAGGCAAACAAAAAAAGAUUAUUGUACUGUAGUUAUGUUUAUGUACUGGUAUGUACGAAAUAUUUUAAUGUGAAUGCAAAACGAAAAUGUUAAAACAAUUAUUAUUAUUAUUUGUUGUUAUGAAAACUUCAGCAUUAUUAUAUACAUACAUAUAUAAAUGUAAAUGUGAAUUUGUAAGGCAAACAAUGCAAUUUGUAAAAUGUGAGAGAGAUUAGCAACGCGAGCGCGCGUUGGAAGUAAAAUGCAUGCGACUCGCAAAAGCAUCCUUUUUAAACGGUAAUGUACUUGAAACCUAAGUGUAUAGUGCUAGACAUACUAAAUACAUAUGUAGCAAAUGAAAUGAGCGUGAAUGUGAUUGUGCAGCGAAACUAGUAUUGUUUACAAAUCAACUCAAAACUAUAUAUAUAUAUAUAUAUUUAUACGUUAAUGUGUAAAUAUUUUCGAUUCGAUGAAACAAUAAAAAACACUGUUAACUCGUUACAAACGACGUACGAUUUUUUUUGAUGUGUUGUGUAUAAAAAUAUGUAUAAUAAUUACAUAUGUCAAUAUAUAACCAGCAAUUAGUUAAUAAUGCUCUUAGAUUUAGACAUACGAUGAUUUUUUGAUUUUUUUUUUUAGAAUUUCACAUAACGCGCCUUCUUUUUCAGCUAUAUUUUGAUAUUCAUUGCAAAGUGCUCAAAACGAAAAGCGUAAAAGGAAUUUGUGUUUAAGCGUACAAUGCAACCUGAGCGGUGGGGUAUUGAACUCAGUGCGAAUUGUCAACUAAUUAUUAUGUAUUUUUUUAUUUAAAUAGUUCUAAUUGCGAAAAUUGCAAUUGAAAAAAAGGAAUAAAUAGCAUUAACGAUAUAUAUAUAUAAAUAUAUAUACAUAUGCAAAAGCAAAAGCAAAAAAAUGUGAAGCAACAGAAUCAAUAAGCACAGCGUUUAAGCUGGCACCCAAUUCUAGGCAUGCCUAUAUACACAAAGUACUAAUUAAAAUAGCGCAUUAAAACAUACAAACGUAUGUAUAAUUAAUUAAUUAAUUACUAAAUUAAGUAUACAAAAGCUAGAAAAGCAUGUUGAAAUUGGAAAAUGUACAAAGCACACAGUAAUGUUAAAAAAAAAGCAAAAAACAAAAAAACAAUGUGAAAAUUCGACAUAUAAGAACUUGUUAUUAUUAAUAUAGUAUUAUUUAGAAGCAGAAGCAGCAAAAUAAACGAAAACUGAUGUUGAAAACGUUUAAUUUAUAAUUAUGAUUUGAAUUAUGCCAUUGUAUGAAUUUUUGCAAAUGGAUGUCCAUACUUUUUGAAAAUUAAUAAAUAAAAAAUUAAAAAAAAUUGCUAGUUGCCGUUAGGCGAAAAACUAGUGCAGCAAUUUUUUUUUUGUGAUGCAUAAAAUACUGUGAGAUAAACAAAUAUAUGAAAAUAAAUUGUAUAAUAUGCAACAAUGCAUGAUUUGCCAAGAGA